AUGAAGUCGCCAGAGCCCGGAAUCAACGAGCCGCCAUACAGCAUAUUCGAUAAAAAACAGAAGUGGCUAAUUAUCAUAAUUGUCUCGACAGCUGCAACCUUCUCCGGCUUCGCAUCGAACAUCUAUUUUCCGGCCCUACCAACAAUCGCAUCCGACCUGAAUGUCUCACUUGAAUUAGUCAAUCUCACUGUCACAUCAUAUUUGAUUUUCCAAGGUCUUGCACCUAGUAUUUGGGGCCCAAUAUCCGAUGUCAAGGGCCGUCGCACAGCUUAUAUAUGCACAUUCCUCGUCUUCCUAGGAGCAUGCAUCGGUCUCGCCGAGACUACUAACUAUGCCACACUUAUAGCUCUGCGAUGUCUUCAAAGUACGGGAAGUGCCAGUACUAUUGCAAUUGGCUCAGGCGUCAUUAAAGACAUUACAACCCGUGCCAAUCGAGGAGGGUAUAUGGGGAUUUUCCAAGCAGGCCUACUGGUUCCCGUGGCCAUAGGACCAGUGAUCGGAGGCGCAAUUGCUGGUUCAUUGGGCUGGAAUGCCAUCUUUUGGAUGUUGACCAUCUAUAGUGGUGUGUUCCUUUGCUUGUUGGUUAUUUUGCUGCCAGAGACGUUGCGAUCCAUCGUCAAGAAUGGGAGUCAGUUACCGUCAAAUCUGUUGAUACGAUAUCCAUUGAAAUUUUACCAGACGACCACCCAAGUCGAUUGGCAAAGGAGAGCAUCAGACAACCAACAUGCACCCAAGAAACAUGUUGAUGUCCUAGGACCGCUACGAAUACUUUUGAGCAACCAUGCAGCACCUAUCAUCAUUUUUCUCGCUGUGUACUAUGCAGGCUGGCAGAUGAGCAUCACCGCCAUGUCAUCUCUUUUCAAGACUCAAUAUGGUCUGACCGAGAUACAAAUCGGCUUAACCUUCAUCGCCAAUGGCGUUGGAUCAAUGGUUGGAACCUUAAUAACGGGCAAGAUCCUCGACAAAGAUUAUCAUCGUGUCAAGGAGAAAUACGAGGCCUCCUUGGAUAUUGAACGCAGAGAAAGUAGCCAAGAAGAAGACUUUCCCUUGGAAAAAGCUCGUCUCAGGCUUGUGCCUACUUUUUCUCUACUUCAGUGUCUUUCCAUUCUUCUUUUCGGCUGGACCAUCCAGUAUGCUCACAAGGUUCAUAUUGCAGUCCCGAUUAUAUCGACUUUUAUAACCGGAUGGGCAACUGUUUCGACACAAUCUCUCAUUACGACUUAUCUUGUGGACAUAUUUCAUGAUAGGAGUGCGGCUGCCAGUGCCAGCUUGAAUCUUGCCAGAUGUUUGUUUGCAGCUGGUGGUACGAGCUUUGUCAUGCCGAUGAUUAAUAGUGUUGGAGUUGGAGUGGCGUUUACAAUUUGUGCUGCUGUCCAGGUACUGGCAUUGAUAGGCCCACUGAUUCAGUACAAGUUUGCUGCAGGAUGGAGGCGGAAGAACAGAGAGAAGGCUGAGCAAAGGAGGAGGGAAAGGACGAGUGACAUGUGA